AUGGGAUAUGAAUCCCAAGUGAGGGCAAAAAAACGACAUAGAAUUACUGUGGUAUGCACUAAUUGCAAAAAAAGGAAAAGUAAAUGCGAUCGAACAAAACCAUGUGGAACAUGCGUACGACUGGGAGAUAUGGACAGCUGUGUCUAUUUCACUGAUAGCUCUGGACAACCAGAAACCAGUUCCACUUUGAAUGAUAUUGAGCCUCUGAGGAAACAAACAAGCCCUCUGGAACGAAUAAGUCCAGGGUUCACUAAGAAAAGAAGAUCCUCACCGCCAAGGCAAAAUGAAGGUUACUGGCAAAGAGCACAGGAACUCGGAAGGCGAUCAUCAGGGUAUUAUCUACCGGUUUAUGAAGAAACUCCAUUUUUUAUUGACCUAGUCCCUAAUGGGUUUUAUUUAGAAACCAAGAGAUCUGCUGAUAAUUUAUUUGGUCUCUUCACGGAUAGAGCAAUUGAAAACCGUGAUCCUUAUCUGCAAGCAAUGGUAACAUUUAGAAGUAUCGCAAUCAAAAAAAUGAUGGGUAAAUUAGGAAACAAUGGCAAUAAUGUGAAAAACGGAAGCUUGCCUAAAUCUUUUGAGGCUUUAUCCACUUUCGAUGCUGAUGACGAACUUCAUAAUAGCAAUGAUAUUCUUGAUAAGGGCAAUAACUUCCGCAUGCAUCAGACGAUCCACAAGUCGUUGUUUAAUAAAUUUGCCCAAUACAGAGAAAAUAAUGCCACAAAAUUUAGCGAUAACUCUGAAGCUAUUUCAGCAAAGGACUAUUUGCCCCCUUUGAAAAUAUUAGAAAGAGAGGUUUUGGUCCUUUUUGAAGAAAAAAUUUACAACAUGAUACCGAUUUUUGAUAUGAAAAUUCUGCGUCAUGAAAUAACGGUUUUUUAUGAAAACGUAGUUGAUAAAGGGAAGCCAAUUUCAAUAAAGAAUUACGAUCAUAUGGUUUUCUGCAUAAUUUUGUUGAUCAUUAAAAUAUGCCGGCUUUCUGUCCAGUUUUCGAAACUAACGCCAUAUAUAUACCCGGUCCUCCAAGAAAUUGAUACAUCCAAGUUUUUAGCUCUUGUUAAACACUAUUUGUUUGAAACGAAGGUUCUCAGAAAAUGUAACCUGUUACAAUUGCAAUGUUUAAUAUUACUAAGGUUCUUACACUGGUGUGCUCCUGAAGAUGGCGAUGGAGCUGAGACUCAAUAUUGUCAAGUAUUAAUGGGAACAAUAAUAUCAUCGUGUAAAGAAAUGGGCAUUAAUUGGUAUUGCUUUUCUCAUCCCGAAAAAUAUUCAUUUAAAAUAAACCGAUGUACAAGACCCUCGUACGAUAUAAUGAAACCUAGUGAUUAUAUAUCAGUUUUCAGAAAGAUAUGGAGCUACGUUCUAUUUUGGGACAGGAAGAUGUGUUUUAUCAGUGGUGAAGAAUGUCAAAUUGGGAAAACCUUGCAGUGUCAUUUCAAAGAAGAAGUAUAUUCAGCCACAUCGUACAUGCGAAUGUUACCACUGGAUAGCCUGAUGAAAAAGAUAAACGAUACGCUGAACGAUGACCCAGGAAAUGUAGAUUUGAACUUAUUACGCCUACUAAUAAGCGAUUUGAAAAGAAACUUUCACAUUCUAAAAAACUUGUCAAGAGAUCAGAAAGAAACAAGGGGCCAUUUUAAUUUUGAAAUGGAAUGGAUUAUUGAUUUAUUCUCAUUGAGUUUAUUGCACGGAGAAAUGAUCUUUUAUGAAUAUGACUGCAAUAUUACAGAAUUUUACAAGAGUUUCCAAGAUUUGUGGGAUAUGAUCAUUCAUAUUUCACAGAAGUGCCAUGAUUACUUUUUUAACAGUGAUGCCUUAGAGGUAGAUUCAUUGGCCAAGUUUUAUACUAAUCGAAUUGUGGAAAUUGUUGCCAACAAAGUUUUGGUCAUUGUUCCGGCAUUCAUUCUGAGGGCAGACCGCAUCAAAACAAUUCAGUAUGCUGACAAAAAGAAGAUGGUGGAAUUUCUUUAUGGAGUCUCUUCUGUGUAUUUUAACGAAUUUGGCUUUGAGUACUAUCGUUGUUUCAGAAAAAUGUUCACAGCCAAAAUAACCUACAAGAUUUUGAAUCGCUCAUGUGAAAAAGAUGCAUGGAGAAUCAUCCUAAAAUUUUUGCUGAACGAAUUAGCACUAGAAGACAACGGUGACAGUUGUAUGGAUUACAAAGAUAUGAGAUUAAAGGACAUUUGUACAAUGAUAUUGGAAUUUCAGGAGACAGUACAAAAAUAUGAUGGAUAUAGGCCAGAUAUUCUAAGUAUAUGGAACAACGAGUUUUAUCCCAUAGGUAAAUACAACGAUGAUAUGACGGGUUUUAAUUUUCAGAUGCGUAUAAAAGAAAUGCAGGAGUUCUUGGAUAUAGAAAAAUAUUCGGACAAGUUUAAUAUUUUUUCAUCCUUCUAUGACCACGCCAGUUCACAAUUAGCCAAACAUACGGAAGCAGAUACCAAUGUUAGCAUCGGCAAUGAACAAGUAGCUGAAACUCCGCAAAAGGAACCAGUGCAUCAACCUGUAGCACCGGCUUUGCCUGUCAAUGAUUUAAUUGUCUCUGAGUUUGACGUGAUUAAAGAUAUUUUUGAUCCUGUGGAUUUCGUAUCGUUUUUUUAA